UCUUCUUCAACGCCACACGAUAACCCUCACCUCUCUCCUUUAUACAUAACAUGACAUACAUAACCACAUACUACUACUAUUUUUUUAAUCAUUUUAUUUUUAUUAUUAGUGUCUCUUCUUUUCUUUUCAUAUAUAUAAAUCUAUCCUUCCUUUUCUAUUCAUCUUUUCUUCCCCUUACCUCUUCUUUCUUCCUCUCUCACUCAUGCUCUCGCUCUCCCUUCCUUUUUCUCUUUAGUAUAUGACUUCUGCCAUCGUCAAACACUGAGUGAUGAUGAUGACGUUGAUGGCCAAGGACGAGUGGGUCACCACCGCCAUGACCGACGACACCCUUGUGGUCAACAUUCUCCUCCGCCUCAAGAACUCCCUCUCCGACGAGAACAACAGCAACUCUAAGCUUCUCCCCUUCACAUGGGGUCUCAGGCAGCCGCGUUCAUGCUCUAGGUCAAGGACAACUCCUCCUACGUCGCGCUGCUGCGACGCCGCGGCUUCAACCAGACGCAGCCCCACCACGCCUCUCUCUUGGAGCGGCACCGCCGACGGCUACGAAGACUCCACCCGCAACAACGUCGCCAGAUCCAAGGGUACAGCUACGACUACUGCCACAAGUGGAUACACGGUCAACUCAUCUAUCCCAACGAGCAAGUGCAGAAGAAAAAAGACCUUUGCAGAACUAAAAGAACAAGAGACCUCCCUACUCAAAGAGAGGACUUAUUUGAAAAAGGAGAUAGAACAUUUAAAUGCCAACUUUGAAGCCCAGAGAGCCCAAAAUGAGACCCUGAAGAGGAUCAAGCGUGAUAUGAGCUUAAAACAUCAGAAGAAUCCAAGUUCAAAAUCAGAUGAAGAGUGCUAUAAGCCUUCUUUGGGUGCCCUGGUUGAAACCAAAUCACACGCAGCUUCAUUCUUGAUUCCAGAUCUAAACAUGAUGCCCUGUGAUGACGAAUGAUGAGUUGAGAGUAGAGUUGGUUACAUUGCAGUGUCACCUUAACUGGAUCAAUGUACAGAUACAUGGAGAGAGCAUUUUGAAGCUCAAUCCAAUAGAAAUCUUAUGAAGAAAGAAACAAGUGAGAGCCAUAAAUUGGAAAAGUAUUUCGGUUAGUUAUGGACAUUAAGUGGUUCCUCCGAUUCCGAGAUUUCUUAAAAGGUGUGGGGAUUCUUUGGGUAGUGUAAAAUUGUACCAUUCUUUGUAGGUUACGUUGAAAAGCUCAUGGAAUUGGAUUCCUUUCAUUACAAGGAAAUCUCAUUUGACGUAUGGCCCAUUCUAUGUUGGAGUUUAGGGUAAUAUUAUGAUUGAUGCAUGCUGGUGCCAGAUUCGUCGACGAUUUUGGUGGACCCAACUUCAACGAAACUGCAUUUUGUAAUCGUUCAUCCAUCACAUUACCUUGGCAACAAAAUUUGAAAUUUCCACCACGCUAUCCAGUAUCCAC